AAUGUUUUAAGCUUUGUAAAGAACUUUACAUACUUUUCUUUACAUGAAAAAUCACAGGUAUUUUUAUGGCAGUUUGUAAGCUUAAAUAAGUUUAGUGAUUUGAAUGUGGUCACACUGUUAGCAGUUGUCAGAAACAGAAUUUGAAUUCAGAUUCCUUUUAACCCCAAGUCUAGCACUUUUCCUCUUAUGCUAUGCUGCUUUUUUUUAGUGCUACUACUUCUACUGUUGCUCAAGGUCAUCAAUUCCCCAUUUUAUUAUGUAAUAUUGAUCUCAUGUCUUCCUCCCCAGAUUAACUCUUAUUCUUUUGCAGUAUUGAGUCUGUUUCUACUUGACCCAGCAACUAUUCUCUAAUCAUUACUAAAUCUAACUAUUUCCUGGCUCAGGUCUUUGGUUGUUAGUGAUAGAAUGAUUGCUUUAGAUUGUGCUGACAAACGUGUUCUAAACCAAGAGGUUGGGAUAGAUAGGGAAAAAGGAGGAAAAAAAGAAUGAAUGUAGGGAGGGAGGAAGAGUGACAUGAGAAGGAGAUAUAGGAAGUGAUAGGAGGGAGAGAGAGAUUAAGUAUAAAGGAAAGAGGAAGAAAAAUGUGAUGGGAGUAUGACCAUGUUAAAUGCUAAAUAUAAGAAUGUUCAGGAAUAUAAGUGACAAGUGGCUGGGAUGGUGUAAGAAGGAGGAGGAAUUAUAAGAAAAUAUCACAUAAAUCAGCAAAGGAAAAGUGAAGAUGACUAAUAUCAAGUGAAGUCAAAGUACAUUAUAAUUUUGCCACAUACUGUGAUCACUGAUCACAGCAGACAGAGCAAGAGGUGAAAGCUUUUGCUUCUUGGAAUAAUUAACCAUAACAUGGGAAUUAGGCUGCCAAUAUUAUGCAAGUAUAGUUUGUCAAGACUAAAAAGUUGGUCAGUGCUGAUUGAAAAGAAUAUAAACAUGUAUUUGUAACUUCAUCAUGUUAAUAGAUUUCUGCAUUUUGCAGCCCAACUGUGAUUUCUUAUCCCGUGUCCUUUCUGGCUGAUGUUCUUUCAUAGAUGUUUUACAAAGGAUCUGCAUUUCGAUGGGUCUUUAUGCAUUCUCAAAAAAAGUGAAUAGGUCAUGGCACGCUUAACAAAGAGACGACAAGCGGAUACAAAAGCUAUCCAGCAUCUUUGGGCAGCUAUUGAGAUCAUCCGAAACCAGAAGCAAAUUGCUAACAUUGACCGCAUUACAAAGUAUAUGUCUCGAGUCCAUGGUAUGCAUCCAAAAGAGACAACACGUCAGCUAAGCUUAGCAGUGAAAGAUGGGCUUAUUGUUGAGACCCUAACUGUAGGCUGCAAGGGUUCAAAAGCUGGUAUCGAACAAGAAGGCUAUUGGUUACCCGGAGAUGAGAUUGACUGGGAAACAGAAAAUCAUGACUGGUAUUGUUUUGAAUGCCAUUUGCCUGGAGAGGUAUUGAUAUGUGACCUGUGUUUUCGUGUUUAUCAUUCCAAGUGUUUAUCUGAUGAAUUCAGGCUUAGAGACAGCAGUAGCCAUUGGCAAUGUCCAGUUUGUAGAAGUAUUAAGAAGAAAAAUACAAGCAAGCAGGAGAUGAGUACAUACCUGAGAUUCAUUGUCUCCCGCAUGAAGGAACGGGCUAUAGAUCUAAACAAAAAGGGGAAGGACAAUAAGCACCCAAUGUACAGAAGAUUGGUUCAUUCAGCUGUAGAUGUUCCUACAAUACAAGAGAAAGUAAAUGAAGGAAAAUACAGAAGUUAUGAAGAAUUCAAAGCUGAUGCUCAACUUCUUCUCCACAACACCGUGAUUUUCUAUGGAGCGGACAGUGAACAAGCUGACAUUGCCAGAAUGCUCUACAAAGAUACAUGUCAUGAGCUGGAUGAACUGCAGCUUUGCAAGAAUUGCUUCUAUUUGUCAAAUGCGCGUCCGGACAACUGGUUCUGUUAUCCUUGUAUACCUAAUCAUGAGCUGGUUUGGGCCAAAAUGAAGGGUUUCGGGUUUUGGCCAGCCAAGGUCAUGCAGAAAGAGGACAAUCAAGUUGAUGUUCGCUUCUUUGGUCACCAUCACCAAAGGGCCUGGAUUCCUUCUGAAAAUAUACAAGAUAUUACCGUUAACAUCCAUCGAUUGCAUGUGAAACGUAGUAUGGGCUGGAAAAAAGCAUGUGAUGAGCUGGAACUACAUCAACGCUUCUUGCGUGAAGGAAGAUUUUGGAAGUCUAAGAAUGAGGACCGAGGUGAAGAAGAAGCAGAAUCCAGCAUCUCUUCUACAAGUAAUGAACAGCUGAAGAUCACUCAGGAACCAAGAGCGAAGAAAGGACGACGUAAUCAAAGUGUGGAACCCAAAAAAGAAGAACCAGAACCUGAAACUGAAGCUGUAAGUUCAAGCCAGGAAAUUCCCACAAUGCCUCAGCCAAUAGAAAAGGUUUCAGUUUCAACUCAGACCAAGAAGUUAAGUGCCUCUUCUCCAAGAAUGCUGCAUCGGAGCACACAGACCACUAAUGAUGGAGUGUGUCAAAACAUGUGCCAUGACAAAUACACCAAAAUCUUUAAUGAUUUCAAAGAUCGAAUGAAAUCUGACCACAAACGAGAAACUGAAAGGGUUGUACGAGAAGCACUGGAGAAGCUGCGUACUGAAAUGGAGGAAGAAAAAAGACAAGCUGUAAAUAAAGCUGUGGCCAAUAUGCAGAGUGAGAUGGACAGGAAAUGUAAACAGGUAAAGGAAAAAUGUAAAGAAGAAUUUGUAGAAGAGAUUAAGAAGCUAGCAACACAGCACAAGCAACUGAUUUCCCAGACCAAGAAGAAGCAAUGGGCUAAUCAGAAGAAGGAGAGCCCCUACAGUAACUGAAGAAUCAGGGAAAAGGAAGGCUUGAAAAGAAAGAAAGAAGACUGGUGUUCUUCACUGUCUGGUAGUAAGAUAUCCAGGAAAGAUGCUAGACAAAUAUUAAAGGAGAGAACUUGAGUAGGUGUAUAUCAGAUACUUGGACAUAAUUGUUGAAAUAAGAUAAAUACUCCAAAUGAAGUCCAGUGAGACACUUUUUUAGAUGAAAGAUAAAAUAGGUGAGACAUUUUCUGAAGGAUUCUCUCUGAGAUACAGAAGGAUAUUUGGGAGAAAAGAGCCCAAGAAACUCCAACAGUAGUUACUAUAAGAGUGUUGGAACUGGGACAGCAGAGUAUGAUCACUUAGAUUUUAUAAGUGAAAGGUUAAUGAAAAAUUUCAAAAGAAAAUUUUAUUGAAAGAGAAAACUAACCAAAAUCAAGAUAAAAAGCAAAAUAUUGGGCUUAUAAAUAGCCAAAUAUAAUCAGCAGGACCAGUAAUUUAAGAAGUAUACUGAAACCCACUCUAAUGAUAUGCUUGGAAUCUAUGCUAUGUGACUGGCUUCUUUAUAGAUGUUUUAAUAUUUAAAAGUUCAGUUCUCUUGGGAGAAUUAAGUUGACCUGCCUUCUAUGCUAUAACAUGUCACACUUAUAGUGAGACUUUGGUAUAUAUGGAAAGAUAAGAUUUGGAUGGAUUCAUAUUAUUUAAUCUAUUUAAAUGGUACAUGUGGUUACUAAGUACUGUUAAGUAAUAAACACUCAAAUGGAAGAUGUGCUUAUCAUCAAACUUUUGACUUGGACAAAAGUAUAUAAACAGGUCCAUAAUAAAUUAGAGGAGUAUAAAUUGCUUCAUUAAAACAGUAUAUACUAAGUGUUUAUAUUAUGGCUUGUAAUAGUCUAUUUUCUAAUGGGCCAGGCAACUUAAAUAGGCAAAUAGAAACUGGUCUCCAAGGAGUAAAAAAAGUCUAACCUUUUCAGAUUUAAAAAAUUAGUUCAAAAGUGAUUAAGUUAGUUAGUAUGAUACUUUUAAAGUCAAUAAUAAAAUCAAUAAGUCAAUAAUAAAAAUAAUAAUUUUUGAUUGAAUGGAUUUAUUGUCAUUUAGAAACACUUAGUUUACAUUAGGAUGUUAUUUUUACCUCAGUGAAAGUAUUUGUUUUUUAAAUAAACCUCACUUUUCAAAGCUUUUACUUAAUUAAACUUUUUUCUAUGCUUGGGCAGCUUUCAUUCACUACUGGGUUUAUUUCUACAUGUGUGGCUUAGCAUUUCUUACUACUAUUCUUCUUUUCUCUUUCAUAUAAAUAAAAAGCAAAGAAAUAUACCAGAAGGUCAGAUUUUGGCAUUUCAGUUAGGUGUACCACACAAUUUAAAGCUACAUGAAGAGAUUAUAACCAAGGCUUGAAGGAGAUACUUAAUGAAGAAAAACAACAGGAAUUCUCCAAGUAUCUAUCUUAAGUAAUAUCUUAAGUAAUAGGCUUCCUUCCUAUCUAAUUCAACCUCAAUUCUCUGAACUGGACCUGUUUUGAGACCUGGCUAACAUGCCAUAUGUAAUCAACCUAAAACCUUAUUAUGUUGCUUUUCAGUUAGUGUUUCUAAUGACUUCCAAAAGUUUAUGAAAUCCAGAAAUAUGGAUCUCCAGAAAAUAUUUAUUCAGAAAUUGUUACAAGUUCCUUCCUUGUAGAUGAGUUUGAGGGAAAACAAAAGAGAUUACUAACAUUUAAUUUUUGUAGGUUCUUUAUAUAAACAGUUAUCUUUCUUUAUUCUUAUAAUUGGGGGAAUACUGCAUUUUAGAUUUUGAGUACCCAAUAAGUGUAAUCAAUAUUUUCUUACAAGAUCCUGUUUUACUAAGUAAAUAAAAUGUAAAGGGACCUUGUCUUCCAAAAAAUGCAAAGUUCAAUUCCUGAAAUUUAAAUGCCAUUUGAACUUUCACUUAUUAUCCUAUCAUCAUCACAAGAGAUGUUAUCUGAUCAUGAUCUUGAAAACUUUCUUUUGGCAGUUUUGCCAUAUGCCCCUUUGUUCUUCAUUUUCUUUUUAUGAGUAUAUUUUUGUGUCACAUUCAUCUUAUUAUUCGAGUUGUUUUUGGUUUUUUUUAUUAAUUAAAAAAUUUUAAACUAUUUUCCAGUCCUGGGUGGGUAACUGGAUAUACAAGUUCUCCAAGAUAAAUUUGGACACCAAAGAAUGAUAUUUCCCCAAAAAAUCCCUUGAUCAAACCUCAGUUUUACAGAAGAGAAAACCAAGAUUUAAAGAUAAAUACUAGCUAACUAAAAUUUCACAUGGGUUAGAGAAAGUAACAAAACUGGAAUUUUGACCUAAAUCCCACUACACGAGCACAUCUUUUCAGUAGAAUGACCUUUCCUUUGCCAGGAUAUUAUUAAAAAUAUGUGGAAUAUGGUACUCAGUUCUCUAAAUUUAGAACUAGAGUAAUUUUCUCUUAUUUGCAUUUUGGAUAAAAAUUAUCAUUAUCUAAUAAACCAUGUCCAGUCAUGUAAAUAAACUGCUGCUUUACAUAAAAUGAUGACAAAUUGGAUAGUUUGGGAGACAUGACGUUUUAUCAAGUCCGAAGAUAUCACUUUAUAGGUGUUGACUUGAAGAUACUAAUGGAGUCAGUCUUUGAUGGAGUUGUUUCAUUUUAAAAAUUAUAAAAUAUAAAUAGCAAUUAUAAAGCUAACAUUUUUAUUAGCAAUUACUUUGUGCCUAAUAAAGUAUUUUGGAAAAGGAGAACUAUAAAAAAUCUGGUCCUUGUCUUUGGGUGGAGAUGGAUAAAGAGUUAAGCGAAAUAUGUUUUAUCUGCAUCUCACCAGAAAAGGAUUGUUUAGAGAGAACUUAAGUUCACGAGGGAAAACUCCUUGAAAGGGGUAAUUUUUUAAAUUAAAUUUUACUUUUUCCAUUUAUGAGCCAUAUUUGGAAUGAUGUAAGAGAUGUGGUUUGGUACCAAAAAAGAGGAUAGUUUCAACUACAGAAAAAUAUAAGUAAAACAAAAAAGAGGCUAAUGAAAGAGCUGUUAAUACAUAUGACAUGAGGUCACCUCGGGCUUUUAUAUUGAUGGUACAUCUUAAAUACUAGACAAAAGAAGGUUAAGAUGGCAAAUGUGCUCUACAAUAAGGAAAUAAAAGAAUUGAAGUGAUGUUAAAGAAAAAUUAUGCUGGUAUUUGGGAAAAUAAGAGUAACCAGAAAUAAGAUCAGAGUGUAACUGUUCACAUGUUAGCAUAAGAAUUAGAGGUCAUAUAAUUAUUCCUAUUAGAAAUAUAGAGCACAAAAUAAUCAAUUAUGGUUUUCCUGAGGAUCCUUUUUUUUUUUUAACAUUGUUCAUUCAAAAAAGAAAAUUAACAUUUUUUGCUCUGUCAUUAUCGGUUGUUGGCCUUUGGUAUUCAGGAAAAUGCAAAGAUGUAAUAGGGGAUGGAUAAGCAAAAUUAUCAGCUUACUACAAGGAUAAAUGGCGAUCAUUGACAAAAAGAUCUUUAUUUCAAAAUUUUGCAGGUAAGUCCAUGAAGUAGUGCCCAGAUUUGAAUUAGUAAAGCAGGGUUUGACUUAGAAUAACAAGGAAUCUAAUCAUUAGAGCUGUCCCUAGAAGGAAAUGGGCUGCUUCUUAAAAUAUGAAUUCCCUAUCACCAAUGAUUCAAGUGGACAUAGGGUAUUGUGGAAAGGAUUCAUGUUUCAAAAGCAAAUUGGACAAGGUGAUUUCUUAAGACCCUUUCAACUUCCAGAUUAUGUGAAAUUGGUUCAGAUACAGCAAGUAUUCAAGUAUUAGUGAUGGUACUAGUUUAACUUGUAAGAAAGUUUUUAAAAGUUUCAAAAUGUUUAAUGAUCUGUUACUUUCACUAGUGUUACUUUUGCUUCAUAGCUUAAAGAAAGAGGCAUGAGAUUUAAGUUUGUUAAUCUCUUCCUUGAGUAGAUAAUUUUGAAAGCAUUGAUCAUAGGAUCAUUGGCUCAUGACUCUAGAAGCUAAAAAACAUCUUGGGAAUAUCAUUUCCAUUGCCUUCAUUUUAUAGAUAAGGAAGACAAGGUCAUGGGAAGGAAGUGAUUUGUCUAAUACAAAGUACUAAGAGAUAUUGAGAGGUUGAGUAGAUACCAAAUUCAGGUUCAGUGUCUGCUAGGUUAGUUCUUUCCACUGCCCCAUAUAGCAGCUGCCUUUGCCUGAAGCUCAAACUGACUUGUUGAUUUGACUAUACUUUGUCUCAUUAAAUGCAGAAAAUGGGCAUAUUCAACGUAAAAAUUAGUAAGGAAGAAAUUUCGUUUCUCAGGCUCCAUGUCCCAGCUGCAAUAAUCAUGCAUCCCGGCUUGUUCUCUCUAGUGCUACAACUGUGAAGAGGA